ACGUUCUAUUACCCUUGCACAUGUGUAAAUCGCAAGGCUUAGGUAUGUCUACUUAUAUACCGCCCGACUCAGUCCCUCUCUUCAGCAUUGCUGUCGCACUACCUCAAUUCCUUCGUCCACUGUUUGUUUUACGCCGCUGUCUUCCUUCCGCUCGUGUCACCGAACAUUGCGUUCAUGUUCAAGGACAACAACUCGCGGAGUUCCGUCAGCAGCGACGAAAUUAGAUGGCUUGUUGCUUGCUCUACAUUUACCCAAGAUGCUUCACCCAGUCCUACUUGCCCAAUCCCUAUCCCAUCCAAGCGGUCCCGUUCACCGCCACCGGCUCCCGUUGGCAUCAACGAUUCCCUCACUCUCCUGAGAGCAAGGGGUAUGCCGCGUCGCAACUAUCAGAGAUCGACCAAGUGCAGCAGAGCCAAAGCGAUCCCGAAGCUCAACGAAGAUGCUUAUCAAGCAGCAGAUCCAGACUGUUCUAGUCUCGAAUAUGCGGUUGCGCCACCGAGACUCUCCACACCUCUUCCUGCUGCCUCUUCAUCUUCUCCAUUCCUCAUUCCCGCAUCUUCGCGGGCGAAGGUGCCAAGAAAUGGACGGAUGACUCACGCUCUUCUUCUCGCUAACAGGCCGUUUGAGGUUGACUUAUUUCCUAAUAAUGUCAUUUCAACGCCCCCACGAAGGCAGCCACCGAAACAUCGAGAAUGGAUAUACCGUAGCCCAAAGUCUUCAGCUGAUUCUCCCAAAUUUCAGUCGCGUGUUAACGUUAACCCUCGACCGCGUUCGCCUUCUACAUCCGGACGUCCAGGGCCUUGUCUGGACCACAGGCUUUCUUCCGGCUGUCAUUCAAAUUAUCGAGCUUUGAACAGGAACACCAGAUUUUCGCCUCCCUCCCCGCCUUCCUCUUUUUGGUCUUCGCACGAUCCACGUUCUCGUAUAUCUGAGGACGACGCGCUUGUGACCGGCAGCAACGGCUACCCCCAGUGGGACAAUUCUGACUCACGUCCAUCAUCCCCGCUUUCAUCCAAGUUGUCCUGUGGGUCUCAUCACACUACCGCAACAGAGCCGUUGCAAAGCCGGUCAGCGUCCUCGUCGACGAUAUCCACGUCAUCUUCCUCGCCCCCACCCACGCCCAUAACUUCCUCAUACUUAUAUUCCCCAAUGAUGCAGAACCCCUACCCUCCUAGAUCCAUCCUCACGACGAGUUCAUCCUCCGCUUCCACCGAUCAAUACUCGUCAUCAGUCAUGGUCUCACGACCGCAGGGUCGAAAACGGAGCGGAAGUAGCAAUAAGUCCGUCAAGUUUGUGGACAUGCCUACUGUUCACUAUGCUAGUAUAUGUCAUGCAGAACUAAAUUGGGAUUGGGCGACACCGGAUGAGAACAGUGAUGCGGACGAGACGGAAUCGGAGAUCGAGGAGGGAGGAGCAUACUCACCUAUGCUGGGGAGGAUUCUUGGGUUUGAUCAGGACGAGGAUGAUGCUCAAGGCACAGAGUAUGAGUCUGUAAUAGAACACGGGUGCCCUGAAGGAAGGAAGGAUGAGACAGGGUCUCUGAGACGGCUAGUCAGUCUGAAGCGCAGUUCAUCCUCAGCGUCGUCACGGUCCAUCAACCGUCCGUCGAUUUCUGGCCCUUUUGUACUGGGAUCGCCACCUUCGGUAUCUACCAUUCCUUCACCACCCACGGCGAUAACCAGGGCUGCAUCGAUUUCUCACUUACGAAGCGCACCUUCGUAUGAAAGCUUCCGAAGUGCCAGGAGUAGUGGCGGGAAGAGCGCUCUCAGCGUCAAGAGCCUGAGAAGCAUAUCGGGCAGCAUAAAAAGUCGUGCGCGAGAGUUUCGCAAUUGGUUCAAGGGCAGGAGAGUGGCCGUUGUUUCGUAGCCUGUACACAGUUUCCCAUAGGUCGGUGGAUUUUGGGGCUGCCUUUUUAUUUUUAUGAUUGUUAGGAAGUAUGAAUGCACAGUUUAUUACCAAGGAACGAGGCACUUAUUGCA